GAGAUUUCCCUGUAGACAAGUAAAAAGGGUGAUGGACAAACGUGCGGGCACUAAGACCGCAAGGCAUUCAUUUCCUCCUACGGUGGAUGCGGACGCCGGGAGGAGGAGAGUCCCAGAGCGAGGAGCCGGGCGCGGAGGCACAGAGAACACGUAGCGAUUCCGAAGAUCAGUCCCAAUGAACAUGUCAGUGUUGACUUUACAAGAAUAUGAAUUCGAAAAGCAGUUCAACGAGAGUGAAGCCAUCCAAUGGAUGCAGGAAAACUGGAAGAAAUCUUUCCUGUUUUCCGCUCUGUAUGCUGCCUUUAUCUUUGGUGGUCGGCACCUAAUGAACAAACGGGCAAAGUUUGAACUGAGGAAACCAUUAGUGCUGUGGUCUCUGACCCUUGCAGUCUUCAGUAUAUUCGGUGCUCUUCGAACUGGUGCUUAUAUGGUGUACAUUUUGAUGACCAAAGGCCUGAAGCAUUCAGUUUGUGACCAGAGUUUUUACAAUGGACCUGUCAGCAAAUUCUGGGCUUAUGCAUUUGUGCUAAGCAAAGCACCCGAACUAGGAGAUACAAUAUUCAUCAUUCUGAGGAAGCAGAAGCUGAUCUUCCUGCACUGGUACCACCACAUCACUGUGCUCCUGUACUCCUGGUACUCCUACAAGGACAUGGUUGCCGGGGGUGGCUGGUUCAUGACGAUGAACUAUGGCGUGCACUCCGUGAUGUACUCUUACUAUGCCUUGCGAGCAGCGGGUUUCCGGGUCUCCCGGAUGUUUGCCAUGUUCAUCACCUUGUCCCAGAUCACUCAGAUGCUGAUGGGCUGUGUCGUUAACUACCUGGUCUUUCACUGGAUGCAGCCGGACCAGUGUCACUCUCACUUUCAGAACGUCUUCUGGUCCUCACUCAUGUACCUCAGCUACCUUGUGCUCUUCUGCCACUUCUUCUUUGAGGCCUACAUCGGCAAGAUGAGGAAAGCAACGAAGGCUGACUAGUGUUGGAACUGAGGAGGAAGCCACAGCUCAGGGUCAUCAAGAAAAAUAACAGACAAAAGAAAAUGGCACAAGGAAUCACAUAUGGUGCAGCUAAAACAAGACAUAUGAGCAAACACAAAACCCAAGGCAGCUUAGGGAUAAUUAGGUUGACUUUGCCCAGUAAGUUUAUGAUCCUUUUUGGGUGAGGACUCACUGAGUCACCUCCAUCUCAAAGGACUGCUGCUGGAAGACCCGCAUUCCCUCUUUAUCUGUCAACUCUAGGACAAGUGAGAAAGAAAGUGGGCAAGAGGCAGAGAGAAACAGAAGACAAACAAAAGCUCUUAACACUAUGAAAAGAAAAAGUAUUUACUAAGUGUUAUAUUUCUCUAAGGAUCAAAGGCGUUUACUUUAAAAACUGUGUGAGCGCGCACACACACACACACACACACUCCUUUCUAAAUCUUUUUUGACACUAAAAUGGAGUCAAUAAAAGAGAUCAAAAUGGAAGUGACACAGGGUGUAGAUCUAGAACAGUAAUGCUUUUGCAGAAUUUAAAGCAUUUUUAAGAAAGGUUAGGAAUUGUAGCCCCCGUGAGAAAAGAUGUCUUAAUCACCUCCUGAGAAAAUGGAUGUGAACAAUUCGAUGUCCACUGAGAGAAAGACUUGUUUCCCUUCAGAGCACAGCCUCAGGCUAGCGAGUUUGCCAAAACCAAGUGGGCAUGCUGUUUUUCCCAGGUCCUUCCUGGGAAGAAGGAAACCAUACAGCCCCACUCCUGAAAGGGCAGCUCCACCUCAGAGCAAUUUCUGACAGUUUAACUGUAAUUUCGACUCUUAAAUAAGACAGGAUGCAUUAGCCUUGGUUCCGUCGCCUCGGGCUUCUUAAACAGAAGAGUAAAUGCAGAAUAGGAAAAAGAAAACUCAGCUGAACGAUUUUGAAAAGUGGACUUUGUACUACCUGUAAAAAGGUGCAGCCCAGGACCAUCCUUGAGCUAGGAAGGGGGAAAAAAACAGUGGGAAGGUAAGUGGGCAGUGCAGUGCAGUGCAGAAGAGCUGCAGGGCCGUGUAGUAGACAGACACUAAGUCUGUCCAGCCCUCCCUAUUUGACUUCACGUGUACUCAUCACUUUCCAAAUGGAACCCUGUGGUAUAGUCCAUAUUUUAUAUAUUUUUGUGAAUUUCAAAGAAUUCUGCAGGGCUCUUCCUGAUCCUGGGCGAACACUGUGUUUCGGCAUCAUCUGCAUUUGCUCCCAGAGCAGUGCAGAGGUGUUUAAAGUGCCCUCUGCUGGCCAAGUAGAGAUACUUUGACAAACACACUUCAUGGCAAGUUUGGCUGGAACAGUUGACAACAAAGGGCCCCUUACAGACUUAUGCUUCAAAUUUUCAAUGACAUAAAAUACUCGUAUUUUUGGCCAAAUCAGAAGACAUUCUUCCGGCUUCAAGUCAGCUUCAGAAAUUUUUUAAAAGGGACUUUAGCUCUGGAACUCAGAAAAUCAAUUUAUUAAGAGCCAUAUUCUUUAAAAAAAAAAAGCUAGAUAAUAUAAUAUCUGUAAUAUUUCAGUCCUUUACAAGCCAAAUAAAUGUGUAAAACGUUCCUAGUAUUUCAAAGACGCAAUUAUGUAAAAUUGUUCAAUGUGAUAUAAUAGUAUUCUAAUUGGUUAAGUAGCUUAAUGAUUAGACACUAGAUGAAAAGGUUAGGGGCUACCCUGCAUAGAUUAUACACACAGAACCACACAUAUGCACACCCAUGUGGGGCACACUGAACUUCAAAGCCCAAAUGAAUAGAAACAUAUUUUCUGGCUAGCAGAAAAAGAAGCUGUUGUUUAUCUUUCUUGCUUUACUUGAGAGUGUACAGAAAAGGGAUUUUUUUCAAAUUAUUUUUAUAUUAUUUUAGCUUUAAUUGUGCUGUCACUCAUGAAACAGAGCUGCUCUGCUUCUGUCAGAGAUGACAAGGGCUUUCUCAGCAUCUCGUUUAUGUGUGGAAUUUAAAAGAAUAAAGUUUUAUUCCAUUCGGUGUGAAUGGUCUGAACAAUGAACAAAGAAUCCAUGCAAACCAAGUCAUGACUAAUAGAUGGGUGGGGCCAGGGGGGGAAGGUACGCAGCAGGGGUGGGAGGAGCUGUUACAUCUGUGCUAGAUCAGUGUGAACAGUCUGAUGUCUUGACGUUGGUUCAUAGAUGGGAACCAUUGAUGGAGGAAUGUAUCAUUAGGGCAAAAACUGGCAUGAGCUGGAAAGGAAGGUCCUGCUAUAACAACUAAUCCUUAGAAUGCAAAUGAUGUUAUUUUGAGCUUUGAAAAGACAUGGUAUUGUGCAAUAAGCUUUUUUCCUUAUGACAGAAAAUGAGCAAAAUAAGUAAAAUGCGGAAAAGGCCAAAUAACAGCUGACUUGAGUUUAACUUGAAAGACCAGUUAGAGCUUAUCUGGUUGAUUUAGUUAUUUAGUCCAUUGGUUUAUCGGUGAUCCUUUAAUGCAGGUUAGAAUAAGGAAAUGCACACAGACCUUAGCAGACACUAAGUGAUGCUUCCAAAGCACUUUCGUCUUGAUACAGGUUUGUACUUGUGUUCACUUGUGAGGUAAUUUAGAAUCUUUGUUUACAGGCUGAAUGUCUAAUAAAUAGUUUUUAAAUUAGCUGAAUAUAUCUAAAGGCAUUUCUGAUGUGUGUCAUGGGAGGGGGGAAAAACACACCUUUAAAAAAAAAACCUGAAAUUCUGGUGUUAACAGGCUCAGUACGGUGUUCUUCAUAUCUCAGCUUAGCUGCUUAAUUGUAUCAAGAUACAAGGCUGGACCACCAGCCCCUGGCAAAUCUGAAUCCUAUCAGAGAACUGACUGCCACACAGAUAAUCCUGCUAUCAAUUAAUAUUCCAGAAAAACCUGGGCAGGCAAGUUUUUAUAGCUGCCCCACUAUGCUACAACAGAUUAUCUUUCUAUUGAAAAUAUUCCACUACAUUCCAAUACCAGGGUGGUAAAAACAUUCCUGGAUUUAAAAAAAAUUUUUUAACCAAAUCUUCAUUUCAUACAUAAAUACAUGUAAUUUGAUAUGCUGGGCCCAAGUAUCAACCCAAGUCCACAAGUUUGCCAUGGAAAUCAUUCUAGUGAGAGAUGCUCUAUUUAUAGGGCAGGGGCUUUUAUCUGGACAGUCUAGUUUUGCUCGUGAGAAAAGCCACUACUAUAUUCGUAUUCAUUGUCAGGUCCAAAGUACCCAGUAAGCAUCACGGCUUGAGACGAUCAUUCCAGGUAAUGCUCAUCCUUCUUAUCACACCCCACUACAAAAACAAGGGGCAGAGGUAAUAAUACAUCUGAAUAAUACGCUGAAGUGGAAAGACAGACUUAUGCCCUUUCCCUUCCCCUCGGUAUUAAUGUAGCUCUGACUGAGUCAGAAACCUCACCUGAGUGGGGUUUUUGUAGACCUGAAUGGAAGAACCUUACUUCUAAGAAAGAGACCCACAGAAUUUUUUUUUUAAGGUCAGAUGUAGUAUCUUUAACAAUAAAGAUAAAACCUGUCACAUAAAAAUAACAAAGCACCUGACGUCAUCUACACUGGAGUAGAAUGUUCCAGAAAUCUGGCCUGCUUCCCAGGCUGCUGGGUUACCUGGGAGAGACACACCCAGGUUGCUCUCUCUUCCUCAUUGUGAUAGAACAGCCUCUCCUCAGAGAACGCUACACGUCCCACACUAAGUCAGCCUCAGCACAUUCUGAGGGCUUCCUCCCAGGCUGGUUAAUUGCUGACUCUUGAACCCAGGUAUUGGAUUGGCUGUGUGCUGACUCAAGAGGGCUGUUGGGAAAAUUGGGAAGGUCAAACAGACCUCCCAGAGUUCAGUCCUUGAGUUGUCUGUGCAUGGUCCACGUCUGUCUCUUUUAGAUGCUUCUUUCCCUGAAAAAGUUUCCAUCCUGAGAAGUACAGUUGUGUGAGAGUUUUAUGAUGAAAAUCCAGUUCGCCAAUCUUUGUUUUCAAUAAUAAAUAUUUUGCUAUCAAUUCGG